CAAGUUAAAAAAGCUAGCACAUACUUUUAACGUGACCAAACGCAGAGAACUUUUAGAAAAUGGAGAAUAACAUAACAAAAGCAAAAAAUCCUUAGAAAAAAUUCCAUCUCCUCCGUCCUUUACAAGUCGCCGCCGCACUUCCACCGUAACAAAACCAUGAAUUGACCUAUUUCCCAAAUACAUAAAAAAGAAGGGAAUUUGCAUGGGCGCAUCAUUAUCCAACGCGGCAGAUAAUGGCUCAGGCCUCACUACCGGCGUAACGGGGUUAGGAGACAUGCCGGAAAGUUGUGUGGCCCUUGUUUUCAUGUACUUAACGCCACCGGAAAUAUGUAGUCUAGCUAGGCUUAACCGUGCAUUUUGCGGUGCUGCUUCUUCUGAUGCGGUCUGGGAAUCUAAACUUCCUCUUAAUUACCAACGCAUGCUUGACCUAUUGCCUCGUUGGAGAUAUGAAGGUCUUUCCAAAAAGGGUAUUUUUGCCCUUCUCUCUGGACCCGUCACGUUUGACAAUGACUAUAAGGAAGUAUGGUUGGAUAGAGUAAGUGGAAGGAUUUGCAUGUCAAUCUCUUCAAAAGCAAUGUCGAUAACUAGUAGUGAAGACAGGAGACAUUGGAACUGGUUUCAAACAGAUGAAUCAAGGUUCCAGGUUGUGGCUUAUUGCCAGCAAGUCUGGUGGUUUGAAGUAAGUGGAACAGUGAACUUCCCUUUUCCUCCGGAUAUAUACACACUAACAUUCAGGAUCCACAUCGGGAAAUUCCUAAAGAGACUAGGCCGACGUGUUUCCAACUUUGAGCACACACAUGGAUGGGAUUUGGGACCAGUACGCUUUGAACUGUCCACUUCUGAUGGACAGCACGCAGUUAGUGAGCGCCUUCUCCAUGACAUCGAACAAGAUGAUCCAAAAGGGAACGUUAAGCGUGGAUGCUGGAUUGAGUUCAAGGUGGGUGAAUUCAUUGUCAGUAGGUCAGAUCCUGUAACUGAAGUUAAAUUUUCGAUGAAACAGAUUGACUGCACACAUUCCAAAGGUGGGCUGUGUGUAGAUUCUGUAUCAAUUACCCCCAGUAAUGUCAGGAGGUGUAGAAAAAAGGGGAGUUUCUAUAAAUGAUGUGUUUUCUAGUUUAUGAGCACUUGUAGAAAGCUGUAAAUUAGGUUCCACGACACAGCUUAUACUAGCUAAAAAUUUGCUAUCAUGGAGGAUGUCAUUGUGUUUUUUGUCUUAGGUAUAUCCCUCUUAUCCAUGUAAAUGUUAAUGCUUUGUAUUUGAUCCAGUUUUGCUGCAUACUGUUUCUUCUAUGGAA